CAAUCGUAUAGCAGCUGCUGCGCCGGCGUCGCAGUUGUCGGCAGGUGUUGUUGCAGUUUUCCCAAAAAAUCAAAAAUCAGAACAACAAUGGCAUUUCCAAGAGAGAUCCGCGUUUUCUGUACUUACUUUUUCGCCAUUAAAAGCACUAAAUAAUAGAGUGAAAUCUGUGUACACUCGCGAGUGCCUCGAUGUGUGUGUGUUUUUUGUUUGUUAUUUGAUUUGAUUGAACAAACUGCGACAGUCCAGUCAAAAGAGAGAGAGAGAACGAGAAGAGAGCAUCGUGUUCAUGCUCAUUCGUAUUUAUUCAUUCCAUGAUCGCGGAUCUCGCAAGAAUUUAAUUAAAUCUAUAGCGUCGCGAAAAAUCGUUGUGGAAUACAUUGUGUUUGUCUUUUGUCCUCCAUUGUGUGCUCUUCUUCUUCAACCAAACAACCCACCCACCCACCUCCAGCUCAUCCCAAUGGAAAUGUCAACACAAAUACACACAAAAUAGAGGCCAGAGGAAUGCGACAGUGAUUUUGUUGACACUCCAGCGAGCAGAGUUCCAGAAUUCCAGACUUCCACACUUUUCCCCGGCCAGCGGUUUCCCAAUGAGCUGCAGCUGCUCCCACUGGUGAAACAUGGUCAAAUCCCUGGUGGCCAAGUUGUCCACAGCCUCCUCGAAUCUCUCGUUGGCCAGCACUUUUGGCGGCGGCAGCGGCGCCGCAGAGGAAACGAAUUACGCAAAACAUCGCAAUGAUCCGGGACGCUUUUUCGGCGAUGGCGUUCAGUUCAAGGCAAAGCUCAUCGGCAUUCUGGAGGUGGGCGAGGCCCGUGGCGAUCGGAUGUGCCAGGAGGCGCUGCAGGACCUCAAGAUGGCCAUCCGGGCGGCUGGGGAGCACAAGCAGCGGAUAACCAUCCAUGUGACCAUCGACGGGCUGCGCCUGAGGGAUGAGAAGACGGGUGACUCCUUGUACCAUCAUCCGGUGCACAAGAUAUCCUUCAUUGCGCAGGAUAUGACGGAUUCGAGGGCCUUUGGCUAUAUCUUCGGAUCGCCGGACAGUGGCCAUCGGUUCUUCGGCAUCAAGACGGACAAGGCGGCCAGCCAGGUGGUGCUGGCCAUGCGCGAUCUCUUCCAGGUGGUCUUCGAGCUGAAGAAGAAGGAGAUCGAGAUGGCGCGCCAGCAGAUCCAGGGCAAAUCCCUGCACGACCACGCCAGCCAGCUGGCCUCCCUGUCGUCGCUGAAGUCCGCCGGCCUGGGCGGGAUGGGUCUGGGUCAUUCGGAUUUGGCCAGCGGAGGCAUCUCCUCCAGCCAUGCCCUCACCCUGCUGGGCAGUAGUCUAGGCACCUCGAACGGAACGAGCAGGUUGGGUGUCAAUUUAGACGUGGCCAAGGCAUCGGGUUCGGCGGCCAAAGAGAUAUCUCCCGAAUCCGUGGCCGAUCUGGUGGACCUCGAGCAGGAGCUUACCUCACUGCAGCGGGGAAUCAGUCAGAUGGAACGGAUCACGCCCAAUGAACCCACUUCUAUGGCCUCCAGUGGUGGUGGCGGCAGUGGGGGUGCUGGCCAUCCCUCAUUGGCCAAGUCCGCCAGCGAGGAUGAUCCUUUCGGAGACUCGUUCAUCUAUGUGCCCUCCUACAGCAUCCUGCCACCGCCACCAGAUUCGGGACGCAACAGGCACAAACCGCUGCCCAACAAAACUCCCGAGACGGUGGCUAGUUUGGAUGCCAUGCUCUCGCCGCCUCCUGGUGCUAGUAGCUCGCAAUCUCCGGCAACAGCAGGAUUUCAGGCUGCGGAUAACGACGAUGACAACUGGCUGCAGGAACUGGACCAACAGAACGAUGUCUUUGAUACUACCAAAGUGGUGACCAGCAGUGGAUUGGGUUCGGUUUUGGCCAUGGCUCCGUUGGCCUCCAGCGAAUCCACUGCCACGCCCACACAACAACUCACGGAAGUCGCUACAGGAUCAGGACCUCUGGCUGAUUUGGAUAUUGGUUUGGGUUCGACAUCUGGAAAUGAGGAUCUAGCCUCGGCCAUCUUGUCUUUGGAUGCGUUCACGGAUCUGGAUCCGCUGGGCACGGGACGCACCAGGCCGUAUGUCGAUAAGAAAUACUUCUUCCAAGAGCUAAAGAAUCCGCCGAAGAAGCUGCUCAAGGAGCUCAGCUCCGGCAGCCAGGCGGGUCUUGGCUUGGGUCUCUCCCUGGGCCAGCCGGAUGGCCUCUUUCCGGAGGAAAGCACCACCAUCUCCACAACCACCACAGCUACUAACAUCACCGCAGAACCGCCCACGCUGUCCUCGCUGGAGGAUCCCCAUCCGCCGGCAGACCCUGUACUGCUGCCCAGGGAUACGGAUCCGUUCUCGCCAACGCGCAAAAAGAGUGAUCCAGAUCCGUUUCAAGAGGGCGAUCUCUUUGCCAAAUUGGAUGCCUUCGAGUUCGAGGCUCCGCCGGCGGUUCCAGCUCCCUCGAUCCCAAAUUUGGUGCCGGAAUCAAAAGCGAAUGUAUUCAAUGGACCACUGCAGGUGCAAUUGCCACCGGAGAAGGAGUUGCAGCUUCAACAGCCUCCGAGUACGGUGAGGAAUCGUCCCACGGCCUCCGUUUCCGCCCUGCCAACUGGUGGUGGAGCCCUGGAUGUGAUCUCCAGCAUAAGCAACAAGAAGAUGCCCCAUCUCUUUGGCCAGGCCAGAUCAUUUGGCAAGUCAGGUUCGGAUAUCGGAUCUAGUGUCAAUAUGCGACGUUUGCAGGAGAGUGAUUCGCUCAGUGAAACAGAGGCUGCUCCCGAGCCACCGCCACGUCCAGAUUCGACUCCAUACUCGGAACCGCCGCCGCUGCCGCCCAAAAAGCAGUUCAGCGACCUGGUCAUCCGACCUUCAUCUACAAAUCCCACUCCACCGCCAACAGCUGGAAGGUAUGAGUACUUGAACAGUAGUGUAACAGCGAGGAGGACUAUGUCAUCCGUCGAUGCACCACCCAUUCCAUUGCCAUCGCGUCGCGUGGGUCGCUCCGAUGGCUGCUUUCCGGGUCCGGGAAGGCCACGGAAACCAGGGCACACCGAGGAUGACUACCUGGCGCCGCUGGGAGCUCCACCGCCACUGCUGCCGCCUCCCAGCCAGGGACCUUCGGCUCGAGCGAGACCACAACGACAGGCUUCGCUGGGCAGACCGCAGGAUAUCUACGAGAACAAGGCAGAGAUUCUGCAGGCCCAAGCUCAGGCGCAGGCUCAAGCCCAAGCGCAGGAAGUAUCAUCCACUACCCUGGCUCCCGACAUCACUCUAACCCAACUGCUGACCCUGGGCAUGGAUGACUUGGCUGUUAGACUAAACGUUCCGGCCAGCAAGCUGAGCACCAUGACCCUGGUUCAGUUGACCUCCUAUCUCUCCGAGUAUUUGUCCAGCGAAAAGAGUCAGGUUCACAGUCAGGAGCGAAGAUCUUCGCCAGCCAAUCCAGCUCCAGCACCAGCAUCCACAGCGGCCGUGUUUAAAGUGAACUUUGAUCAGCAGACCUCCUUUGUGGCCAAGUUCGACGACACCUUCGGCGAGGACGAGCUGGUGAUGCCAUCGGGCUCCUUGGAUUCCACCUUUGUGGCCAACUUUGCAAACUUCAAUGAGGCUCCCACUCCUGUGCCCAUGUCAGCUGUGUCGCCAGUGGUUGCCACAGUACCAUCAGCGGAUCGGUAUGCUGUUUUCCGUGAAAUCAUCGAUCAGGAGCUGCAGCAGCAGCAGCAGGAAACCGAUCUUAUGGGCGACUUGACUCCUCCGCCAGUGGAUGAGACGCAGGCAAUGGAAAUUUCAGAGGGCUUGGAGCUGAACAAUGUCGGUGCAGAGCUACCAAUUGACGCCUUGGAGGUCAAGCCAGCGCCCAAGAUCGAUACGAAGAUCACCGAGGUGGUGGCCCAGGCCAAGGAUCGUUAUGCAGCUCUAAGAGACAUAAUCCUGGUGGAGAAUCUUUUCGACAAACCAGCGAUUGCCGCCGCCACGCAGCCGGAGAAGGAAAAGGAUCUGCUGCAGGACUUUCCCGAGUUUAGCGAUGAGUUUAACGAAGAUCAUGAUCUCCGUCAGAUAAUGGAUCAUCAGGACGUGCCAACGCAUUCCAGAGAUCGCCAUGGUUUGGUCGACAGCAGGGGCUUCCCAACCGAGCCUUCAUCAUCUGCUUUGACGGUGGGGGAUGAUGACGAGGACGAGGAUGCCGAUGCUGGUGGUGAGAGUAGUCUGGAUAGCAAUGAAAAGGAUGCGGAACCAGUCAGCGGGCAGGAUCAGUACGAAAAGCUCUCCACUUCUACACAGCAACUGGAUGCCGCUGCUCCGGUUCUAGAGGAUGUGCCGCAGCAAUCUCUGCCACCUAAGCAGGAUCAGAAAUUCCUAUCCGUACUCACUGCGCCCGGUGGUGGAACCAAAGAUGACAUUGAGAUUGAUGAGCUCAUGCACCGGGCCAUUUCGAAUCUUUCCCUAGACUCAAGGGAUCGAAUUUCGCCGGCCACCUCUUCGGCAGCACCAUCAAGAGGAGCUCCCGGCUUGCACACGCCUUCCCAAUUCAAUGAUGUCAGCACUUCGCCCAUUCCUCUCCAGAAACCAGUGAUGGGCCCAUCGCCAGUGCCCUCCCAGCUGUCGGCUGUCUCCCAACUCAUCGAUACGGCAACCAAGCAGAUGAUGGGCGACAAGGAGCGGGAGAAGCAAUCCUGGGCCACGUUCGAUUCUCCGAAGUCAAAGGGCAAGGCUAGGUUGACGCUUCCGCCACCGCCACCUCCUGCUUCCAACACUUCCCAGCCGGAUACAGUGGAAUCGCCUUGCAGUUCAGAUCCCCGGGAUGAUGGAUGGUCGAAGCAACAGCGUCGCUGGGCAAAGAAAGAACGCCAGCAGACAUCCUCAUCCUCCCGAGAUCUGAGUCCCUGGGAUGAUGAGACACCAGAGUAUCUGAAGCGUCGACAGUUGGCCGCCGCCCAAAUGGCACAUCCUCACCAGCCGCAAAUGCCACCACAGCCACAGCAUACAGAUCGGCAUGGGUACUAUAUGCGACACGCCAGGAGGAUGAACUCUUGUGACGAGGAUUACGACUACGAUGCGGAGUUCAUGGCUCGCCGGGAUCAGCAGCAGCAGCAACAGCAGCAGCGGAAGUUCAAACACGGUCUAUCCCGCAGUCGGGAUAAUUUCGAUUUGGAAUCCCCCAGCUGGUACCAUCAUCCGGCGCAUCACACCUGGUCGCCGCAGGAGAUCGAACAGGCACGGGCCAGAUCCUUUGAGCGUGCAGCCUACGAGCGAUCCAGCUAUGGGCCACCACCGCCUAUCUACGACAAACGUGGCCAACUGAGGAAUAAAUAUCGCGGUGAUCACAGGGAUAGGGAUAGGGAUCGCGAGAGGGAGUACCGAGACUACGCUCGUCCCAGCUACGAUUUUGACUAUGAGAAUGUCUACGAGGAGCGUGGAGGACGUUCACCAAUGGCCUAUAAGCCAGGAAGGGGUGGAGGUGAUUAUCUGUACGACAGAGAAAGGGACAGAGAUCGGGAGCGCGAACGUAAAUCCUUCGAUCGGGAGAGUCUGGAAUCUUAUGAGAGUGCCACCAGGCGUCGUCGCAGUUUCGGCAGUGGAAACGAUGUCUAUGGCAGCCUGGACAGUCGAGAUGACUACCGUGGCGAAAGGGAGCGAGAUCGUGAACGUGAUCGCGAACAGAUGAAGACCCGUUCUCUAAGGAAGCCCACAACCACAUCGGGAAAGCUGAGGAUUAGUGGCGACAUAGACUACGAGCAAGACUCGGAGCAGGACUUCCAGCAGCGAUCGGGUGUGCGCAGUCUGCAGCGUCCAAGUCAACUAGGCGGAGAUGUGGUGUUGCCCUCCAAUGCGGUAGUGGGUCCACAGCGAUUGCGCAAGAGCAGCGGUUCCAGUCCCUGGGAUGGCGAGGAGCCCGCCUUGCCUGGCCAAAAAUCCUGGAAGCGUCCAGCUAGUGCCGCUGAAACCGAAAGACGUCUGGCGGAGAGUCGAAGGGCGGCAGCCUUGGGUCAAACUCCCUCGGAUGGCGAAAAAGAACGAAGCAGAUUCCGCAAGAAGACCCGCGCCCGCAGCGCCAAGGAUUUAGCCACAGUGGGUGCUCCCAGCGCAGGCACAUCCGCACCCUCCAGAUCAGGAUAUGGGCGUGGCAUUCGAGACAAUUACGACUACAUGUGUCCUGGCCAGCGUAACGAUGACGACGACGAUGAUGAUGAGGACUAUGUGGAUGAUGAACCGCCAACAGAUGAGGAUAAAUUCGAAAGAUUGAACCGACGACGCCAUGAGAUGCACCAGCGGAUGUUGGAGUCCGAACGGCGGCACAUGGAACGUCAUCAGCCUCCAUCGCUGGCUAAGCUUCCUGGCCAGAAUCGCACCCGUGGCGUGGUGGUAAACAGUGACUAUGGCUUUGUGGACAGCUAUGAGCAGACUCCAACGCCGACGCCACGUUCGAAUGCCAGCAGCACCGGACCCGGUGGCCUGACGAUGAGUGGCGGCGAAUCCUCCGCUGGCGUGACCAGUUCCAAGUUUAAUUUCGACGAUGGAUUCGAGUCGGAUUUCAAUCAGAGCUCUCCGCCGCCAGCCCCAGCAGGAACCGCCUCCAGCUGCAAUUCAACGCCCGCGGGUCCAGUUUCCGCGAAUGCCAACAACGGUGGAUCAAAGAGCCUGUUCCGCUUUUCCAAUGAUUUCUCGGAUCGCGAGAAACGGGAGCAGUUCGAAAUGGACACACCACCAACCUCAACGCCACCUAUUACCCAGAAACUGCGAUUCGAUGAUAAUGUUAAGGUCUCCCAGUUCGAUGAUGCUGCCUUUGAAGAUGAUUUUGCCAAGGCGUCAUUUGAUUUCGAAAAGGAACAAGCGGGACCUGGACCGCAAGGAGCUGGAGGGUCGGGUGCUAUGAGCAGGAAACAGAAUAUGCGAACCAGCAAGCUGCAGCAACGGCAAGAGCUAAUCAAGAAAUCUGAGUCGGUGAACAUAUUUGCCAAAAAGCAGGAGGAUCCCUUUGAGGACGACGAGUUCUUCAAAUCACCGGAACAGGAGCAGGCGACGGAUCAGCACAACGACGAUGCGGAGACCGGCAAGUUCCAGUGGAGCGAGGACGCGAACUUUGCCAAGUUCGAUGAAAAUAUGUGAUUUGACCAACUCUUUGCCAAGGCAUCGGGGCAGCGACCGGAGCCGGACAUCGACGGCCACAACUAUGCGGAGAUCGAUGUGGUCAACGACACGGACUUCUCCUUCCUGACCAAUCUCAACCAUUACUAUCAGCAGCAGCGACUGCAGAGCCUGCGCCAGAGCUUGAACCGCCAUGUGUACAGCAAUCUGCCAGCAGUCCAGCAGUCUCAGGAGCAGGUGAAUCAACAGCCGAUGACCAAAUCCAUCUCCACAUCCACAAGUCCGUGGCAUGCGCCGAAGGCCAAGGCCAAGCCACUGCAGCAGCUGCUAAGGAAGCCAAAGAAGUGGAAGCUCAAGCGCACCCUAGAUGACUUUCUCAAGUGUCUGAUCAUUGCCUCCUCGGAGCAUGUGUACGAUUACGAUGUGCUGUGGUAGGAUCUGGAGGAUUGGGAGGAUAAGGAGCAGUCCAAGGAUCCGUCUGGAUGAGAGAGAGGGAAAGGGAAUCCGUACGAUAUAUAAUUCGCCACAUAUAUCUAGUCAACUCAAUCGCCAUUUAAACUUGCAAUAUCGUAACAAUCCCUGAAGGACUUGUACUCCCAGCUCUGCCCAAUCCAAAAGAGAUCAGAUCCUGUUUCCAAACCAGAUUGUAUAUAUAGAUAUAUCCACAGGGAGAUUCCAACCAAGCCAUAGAGAAAAUUUAAACGAGAACAAGCGUUUGUUAAAGCUACUCCUUCACACUCGACAGAUAAUGAAAUACUCACUCCCCGAAUCAUCAAUCGAUCUGCAAUCGAUCAAACUAACGAAAGCAACUAAUUAAUUGCCUAUGCUAGAUGUCGUCUAACCCAUAUAACGAUUUAUCCAAAGUGCAACCAUUGUGCUAGCAUACAAUACUACAUAUAUAUUCCUAGGAUACGUUUAUGUUUAUGCCUACUACGAGCAUCAUUUUAUGAUUGAUUACAUAGUUAACUAACGACUAAUUAGUUUAAUUCCACGGCAAUGUCGCAUCAAAGUGUUUUAUGAUUUAACUACUUAUAUACAAAAAUAUAUAAAUAUAUAUAUUUAUACGUAACUGAACGAUCAACCGAAACUGAACGAUCAAGUAACUCCCAAGCAGCUAAAUAAUAAUAUACGAUAAUUAUACAUACAAGCAUAUUCUUAUAUGUAAUGCAAUUAUACGAGUACGAUAGUUAUUGUCAAGACUCUCUGUGUAGGAGAUGUUUAAAUUGGUUUUUGUCUCAUCAUUUUGUUCUAUCAAUUAAACUGUGAGAAGCAUAA